UUGAUUGAGAACAUUCACAGCAUUUAUACCUUUUGUUGGAAGAAUCUCUAUUUAGUGGAUAUUUUUCAAAACCAUGGGUCGUCGUCGCACUGAGAAUGACAAGCCUUGGCGUUCGCGUUCGCGUUCCAAUUCUCGUUCCCGACCUACCCGCUCUGAUACGAUUUAUGUAGAGAAAUAUCGAUUGGAACGACGUCCGGGCCGAGGUCCCUCGUCCUGGGACGUUCCGCCGCUGGGAUAUGAACACCUGACCCCGGUCCAGUACAAAGCCAUGCAGGCUAGCGGUCAAAUAGCCUCGCGGAUUGUGCCGGAUGCCCCGCCCACGGGGGAAUCCGCUUCCAUUGCCAUGGUCACGCGCCAGGCUCGCCGUCUGUAUGUGGGCAACAUUCCGUUCGGCAUCACGGAGGAGGACAUGAUGGACUUCUUCAAUCAGCAGAUCCAGUCCGUGGGCGGCAUUGGAUCGCAGCAGUCGGACGGCAGGGCAGUGCUGUCGUGCCAAACCAACCUGGAAAAGAACUUCGCCUUCCUGGAGUUCCGGUCCAUGGACGAGGCCACCCAGGCGCUACAAUUCGAUGGGAUUACCUUUCGCGGCCAGACCUUGAAGAUCCGAAGACCGCACGACUACCAGCCGGUGGCCAACGUUGGCACCUCGGAGUCGGACAUUUUCACGGCCAAUUUCAGGAUGCCGCAAGCCACCUUCACGAUGCCGCCGAUCGCUGCCGCAACUGGACCCCAUGUGAUCUCCUCCCUGGUGCCCGAUUCUCCGCACAAGAUCUUCGUUGGUGGUCUGCCCACGUGCCUGGACGAAGGCCAGAUCAAGGAGCUCCUGCUGUCCUUCGGCAAGCUGAGGGGCUUCAACCUGGUGAAGGACAGCACGACGCGCCUGAGCAAGGGCUUCGCCUUCUUCGAGUACCUGGAUCCCACGUUGACGGAUCAGGCGAUUGCCGGCUUGAAUGGCAUGCAGCUGGGGGAUCGCAAGCUGGUGGUUCAACGCUCCAUUGCCGGGGGAAAGAACGCGACCACUGGACCACUGGCCGCCGUGCAGGUGCCGGGGCUAUCUUCCAUUCUGGCCGCUGGCGAAGCCACCGAGGUGCUGUGUCUCUUCAACAUGGUUUUGCCGGAGGAGCUGCUGGACGACGAGGAGUACGAGGACAUCCGCUCGGACAUCAAGCAGGAGUGCACCAAAUACGGCGACGUCCGCAGCAUCCAGAUCCCUCGACCCAUCGGCCAGUUUCCACAACGGGGUUGUGGCAAGGUCUUCGUCCAGUUCGAGUCCGUCGAGGAUUGCCAAAGGGCCUUGGCGGCGCUCAGUGGCCGCAAGUUCAGCGGGCGCAUCGUGAUGACCUCGUUCUACGACCCCGAAAAGUACCUGGCUGGUAAUCUACAAUAAUCUAUUCAAUAUACAUGCGAUUUCAUAAACCAGUAUUUCCAAAUUCUAAAAUUAGUUCUUAUUUGUACUAAAAA